UCAUGCGACGAUGAUUUUAGAAAAUCGUAGCCUAUUGUGCAUUUCAUGAAUAUUGAUUAUCCUGUGCCGUGCAUAGCUAUUUUGCAGUUUUCACUUUGAGUGUUUCACAUGAGUGCUGCUGGUACGGAAGAGAGUGGAGUUUUUGGUACCGCUUUAACGUUAUUCGCGACUGUUGGAAUUGAAUGUGUCCACAAGAAUCCACAAACAAGAAACAGCGAAGCGUGACACCCAUACCAGCGUAACUGGCAACAGUCAAUGGAUAACAUCGCAAUACAAGCGCGAAAACCAGUGAUGGAUCGACUGUGGUGAAUUCUUGGAUUGCAGCAGUGGACUCCACUAGCGCAGUGGCAAUGUGUUGACGACGAAGUAGGGAUGUAGUCAGAAUAACAAUAAUAACAGAAAACUUGUUGCGUCCGUUCGGUAAACGGCAUAUGGUUGGUGCGUGUAAACUAAUGCGACCAGAACGUGCGCUAAUAUACAACUGCAAAUACCAAUACUGGCUUAAACGAUUUGUAUUUUGAUUUUUUGUUGUUCCAAUGCCUAAAUAUACAGAAUAUCAAACAGUGAAUAAAACCGAAGAAAUUUAGGAAGAAAAUAAGUGAUAUCCGAAUGGGUAAUAAGCAGAGUGAAGAAGGGAAAACAGCACGUUGGUUAAAUUCGAAUGUGACAUCGGGCCCGCUAAACCAUUUAAGGUGUGCAAAGUUCCGUGAAAUUGUGUAUGCUGGUGCAUGGGAACUCGGUGAAAAACAAGAAGAAAUAAUUACCAGCGAAAAAAAAACGACACCGGAUAUUGGAACGUGAGUUAAGUGACGACGGACGACGGUGAAGAAGCAGAGCAUAAGUGACCGCCCCAGGACAAAAUUAUACUACGGUGUGGGAACAGCAUAAACGUACAGGAAACCGACUUUUGAAUCGUCACACAACAGGACACUAGGAGCUACAACCUGGCUCUUUUUUGCGUGCCGGUGAAGCAACGCUUGCCCUCUGAUUCAUCUGAUGUGAAUGUAUGUCCAAGAAAUUUAUGCCUAUUUUAGCGUUAAGCUGUUGUACGUAUUUCGGAUCGCCUUAUCAACAUUUAUCAACAUUAUCCGACUCCAGCAAUGGGAUGAUCGGACUGCAAGCUGAACUCGGGGGUCCACCGCCGGGGCAACUGAUGAAUACACCGGCUGCAAUGAUGGCGAACGGCCCCCCAAACGGACCCGGCAGUCUGCUUCCGCCGGGCCACCAUCAUCCUACCGUCGGGGGUUCGAUCGGUGCCCAUCCGACGCAUCUUCAUCCUCCACCGCCACCCCAGCAGAUGGGUGGACGAUCCGGUGGGACGGCACGAGAGCGCGCCCAACAUGCGGUCGAGUACUACAAUAGCAACGUCCUGCGGGCUCGCGUCGGAGCGGGUCUAGCAGGGCCGAGGAACUCCGUUCACGAACGUUACCCCUACAUCCAGCGUCAUCUCGGGAUGACAUCCGGCGGAAAGCUGGCGCCGCCGAAUUCGGAAAACCUGUACCGAAGCAACUCCAGCUUGGAGUUGAUACAUGACCACAGCAGCCACCACGACGGACUUCAUCCCGGUGGAUCGAACCUUCGACGAGAGUACGGAAGUCACGGAUCAAUCGACGUGAUAUCUUCCGAUCGACAUCACAGUCAAACCACAGGCGAAAGUUUCCUGGCAAUGCUACAGGAAUAUCGCCCAGCGGUAUUUGGCAUGGAACACACGCAUCAUCACACAGUAAACCACGGCCAUCAUGACACUCGAAACGGUGGAAUGAUAUCUUCCGGAGAAGAUAGCCUUGACCGUGGUAACUCCAGCCCAAAGCUACGCAUGAAGUUCAACCGGUUGUGGUCUUCAUCAGGCGGACAUGGAGCAAAACCAAAUCGUGGACAAACGCAAAGCGCUUCCCUUGAUGACGCUUCACUGAAUGCUAACGUUUCGGUGCUGUCCAACGUCAGUACAACUUCGACUACUACCGUCUCGUCGGCUGACAUUGAAGAACGACAACGAAGAAGAGCCUUUGCUCACUUCGACUGCCAAUCGCUCACCGCUAAUUUGGGCUACGCCGCAAAGCUGCGAGGGCUUUUGCUUGCUAGAAGACGCAAUACUACAACAGGGGCAUCCGCAGCAGCAACGUACGGAACGCGAUCGUCCACACCGGAUGGCGACAGCAUAGACGAAGAUUACGGCGAUGGUCAAGGCAACGAACUUCUUGAAAGCUGUCCAUUUUUCCGAAAUGAAAUCGGAGGAGAAGAAGAACGAGAAGUAAGUCUAACCAGGAUGCAGAACCCCCUCCCCGCAGGUCAGCAAAGACGAGCUAUCCAUCGACCGGCACUGGCCUAUGGAGUUUCCGUACUUGAAUGUGCUACGAACGAGACCCUCUGGAAAGCUAACAGCUGCCCUUAUCAGAAGGGCCCUCGACCGAUCGAACAAAUCGACAACGGUGCUCUCUACUAUCGACAGCAUUUCUUCACCCAGGAACACCAAAACUGGUUCGGAAUGGAUGAACAGCUAGGACCGGUGGCAAUAUCCAUCAAGAAAGAUAAACUUCCUCCAAGUGCGACGCCUACGCUUGCAAUCCAUGGAGCAGACGUCGCCGCCACUUCCAACCAAACUCCUCAACAUCUGUAUCGGUUAAUAGUUCGCACUGCCGAACUGCUAACCCUGCGUGGAUCUGUUAUCGAGGACUCCAUCCCGAACCCCCGCGGAACGGGAAAACACAUCAGUACCAAAGAAAUUCUGGAAUACGUUGCGCCAGAAGUACAAAUCAGUUGUCUAAGGUUAGGUGUUAAUACGCCGCAGUGCGAGCAACAGUUGCUCAAACUUGAUGAACAAGGCCUGACCUUCAAGUACAAGGUCGGUAUCCUGUACUGCCGCGCGGGACAGUCUUCGGAGGAGGACAUGUACAACAAUGAAGAAGCCGGUCCAGCGUUCAACGAGUUUUUGGACACGAUCGGUAAACGAGUUCGCCUCAAGGGUUUCGAACACUACAAAGCCGGGUUGGACAACAAAACCGACUCCACGGGAACACACUCCUUGUAUGCCAGCUAUCAGGACUGUGAAAUCAUGUUCCACGUGUCAACGAUGCUUCCCUUCACACCGAACAACCGGCAGCAGCUGCUACGUAAGCGGCAUAUUGGGAACGAUAUUGUUACUGUCGUUUUCCAAGAACCCGGAGCCCUUCCGUUUACUCCAAAGAACAUCCGUAGCCAGUUUCAGCAUGUAUUCAUCAUCGUGAGGGCAGUGAACCCCUGUACGGACCACACUCAGUACCGGGUAGCUGUGUCACGUUCGAAGGAAGUGCCAGUGUUCGGUCCUCCGGUAAGACCGGGUGCUCUCUACGCCAAAGGAAAGAACUUUGCCGAUUUUCUUCUAUCGAAGGUGAUUAAUGCGGAAAACGCUGCGCAUCGUUCGGAAAAGUUUGCUACGAUGGCGACCAGAACCCGACAGGAGUACUUAAAGGAUCUGACCAGCAACUACUGCAGUGCUACGUUGGUCGACACCGGUCAGAAGUUCUCAAUCUUCCCCAGUAAGAAGCGGGAAAGGAGCAAACCGAGGUUUUCUGGGGACUUGACUCAACGAGGAGCUUUUUGCUGGCAGGUCGUGUUGCACGACAGCGGAAUGUCCACACAGGUGGACUGUUUCCUGGGGAUCUCGGCGGAGACGUUUGUGUUAAUUGAGGAGUGCUCGAGGCAGAUUAUUUUCGUGACGCCAUGCAAAGCAAUUUUAGGAUGGUCAACGAGUCAGAACUCUCUUAGAGUAUAUUACCAUCAAGGGGAAUGUGUAACACUGAAUAUGCGGGAUUCCGGCGAUCGCGAUGAGCAGCUUGAAGUAAUUGAGCGGUUACGGGCCGUUACUAAUGGAUGCGGGGCUCUGGAACUGAGCUUGAGGCGAAAUCCAAUGGGACAAUUGGGAUUCCAUGUUCAACCAGACGGCGUUGUAACGCAAGUGGAGAUAUCUGGACAAGCUUGGACAGCUGGGUUAAGGCAAGGAUACCGAUUGGUGGAGAUUUGCAAGGUGGCCGUGUCUACGUUAUCGCAUGAUCAGAUGGUCGAUUUAUUGAAAACUUCAGCGCAGGUGACAGUAACUGUGAUAGAAUCGUUCGCAGACUUCAGUCCUCGUCGUGGCUGUUUUUUACAAAAUUGCCGAUUUAAUGCAAUCAACUAUGAGAAUGACUACGAGACCGUGCCAGAACGGGCGGAUAAGAAUGGCAAAAAGCAUCUUCCCAGUGCCCAACUGCAGUCCGCCAGCCAUCGUCGACGAUAUGAACGAAAUUUUUCUCCUCCGCGAUCGAGCAAUAGCUCUGGCUACGGAACUGGAAGCAGUAGUCGAUCAUUUACUGCACUACACCCAAACGGCGUACCGCCGAGUGAUCAUCGCGAGCGUUAUGGCCCAACGGAUAUGGGCACUUUGACGAGCUCAUCCAGUGGGCACUCAUCAAAUGACGAACGAUGGUACGACGUGUUGGAACCUCAACAUGAAGCUCCUCCCGCGGUAAUGCCUCCCCCUCCUGAACCAAAUUACCAUCAUCCAAAGCUCACCGCUUCCAGCAAUUCACUUCCUCUUGCUGGAGCCACUCCUCGUCCUCUUUCUCUACAUAACGACUCUCGCCAGCUGAACAGCAAUCCAAACAACAACGCCAACAUUGCCCUUCUCAAGCGUCUAAUCAUCAGCGAGAACAUAGGCGCAGCUCAUGAAAACGGAUCUUCCGAACCCCUGUACAGCAGUUCCAUGAAAAACCUUGCCAAUCAUCAUCAUCUAAGUGCUGCCGAAGAAGAAGAUCUAUCAAGACACAAUUCUCCGCAGCUGAAACGGUCCGCGACUACGACCAACAUAUAUGGCAUUAAUGGCGCCAACAAGAAAACCUUGUCCAACGGUCCUCUGAGUUCCAGCAGCACAUCCAGCUCCCGCAACAACAGUCCUCGACCGAACAACAGCAACGGCAUAGGGGACGCCAAGCCGAGAACCAAAAGUUCCGCCCCUCAACGGAACAGCGUUAACUAUACGGGCAGCUCUCUCCAAGAGGAUCUCAUGAAGCUCAUAAAUCCGGACUACAUUGCCGCGGCAUCCAGUGAUGACAACUUCAACCCCGGUGGAAUGGAAAAAAUACACAAAGGCAAUACGACCAGCCACAGUUUGGGCAACAUUGCCGCUCUUACGGCAUCUGCUGGGCUGAAACCCAUCCAACAGCAGAAAUCCCGCUCUAGGGAAGGCAUCAACCUCGGUUCUUCGAACAAUUUAAAGGUAGCCAAGAGCAAUGGCAAUGUGACUAGUAAUGGCAACAGUUCCAGCAACGGAGCAGCCUCCGAGCAAGAAUCGGAUGUGAUAUUCACCACGGCUCGACCUGCAACGGUGAUUUCGUCCACGACCAGCAACUGCUCCAGCCCGGCCAGCGAGUUGAACAACAACAACAAGCUACACAUCAACGAGGACCACCUGAAGAUGUCACCGGGAAAGAAGCAGCAAUUGAUGGCACUGGCGGCGGCUGCCGCUGCUGGUGGAAUUUUGAAGAACGGAGGUGGCCUGAUGGCAAACGGUGGAUCCGGGGCUACCGGUGGUGGAACUGCAGGAAAUAGCGCGAAUAGUAGUGGAGCGAAGAUUCCGCUGCCUGACAUGAAGGAGAUGGACUGGAGCAGUCUGGUGGAUACGGCGACUAAGGCGAUGACCCAGCUCAGCGAAUCGGGUGCCAAGCAUCCACAAGGGAACGUAUACUACGAUGACAUCAGUCAAGUUCUGAAUGGCGUAGUCCAGCAGCAACAACAAUUGCAACAACAGCAACAGCAACUGCAACAACUCCAGCAACAGCAGCUUCAACAGCAACUGCAACAACAGCAAAAUGCCCAACUGGCGCCACCGUCUCUCCAAAACGGAACUGGGACACCGGCCCUCUCGGAUCUUUCAACUACGCCAAGUUCUGCCUCACCGGUUUCUACCGGCAGUGGCAGUACCGCCAACAGUGGCCAAAUGCUGUCUAUGCCGAACAGCUCCAGCCUUCCGGAGCUGCAGAGUCAGGUGACCCAACUUUCGGACCGGGUGCUACGGGAACAACGUCGGCGACGCUCCCUGGAGCACGCCGUUCGUCGCCUAACCGAGGAAAAUCGUCGACUACAGGACGAGAGUCAGGCCGCCGUUCAGCAGUUGCGACGCUUCACCGAAUGGUUCUUCCAAACCAUCGAUCGCCAGUCGUAAACCUGUGCAAAACUUAGCUGCGUAAUUGUAAACAGCAAACGACCUUAAAACCACGUGCUUAGCCAAUGGCGUCUUCCAAAGUUUAUCGCAACGUUCAAAUACCUUUUAUAGACUGCACCCCGAUAGUAAUUCGCACUCUGUCCAUAGUAGAGCUCUAGAAAUCGUUAGCGAGUCCUUCGUUACUAGUUUUACUGCGUACGACUUUUUGAACCUUAUCAAUAUACAAUCCGUAGAAACUCUUGAAUCGCGUUUAAGUCUACAGUAUCUCUUAAGUGACCAAAAAUUUAGUAUUAGAACAAAGGUUACAAUAUUAAGCAACAGCUGCAGCAUAUAACACCAAUUUGCCCAUGUUAUAAUAUUUAAACAAUAUAUUAUUGAACUUGAAGCGAAAGCGAUCCCACGUCGGAUACGAAUCUAUUUAUAUAUACAAACAAACAAGCGUUGUAAGAAACACCAAUUUUUGUCAUGAUGCAAUACAUUCAUACAUUGAUUAGUUGGUAAACCUCUGGGAAGCACAUUGGAUUAUUGGAAUUCAUUGCUAUUUUGGUAUUUUUAUUAGGCUGUAUCAUGGUAUGUCCAUGAAAUAGUUUGAAGAUUUCCUCUACGUUGUGGUUUUAUGUUUUUCAAACUGACGACAGCUUCAGAGUCGUUUACCACGUAGUGCUUGGCGAAAAUUGUUUUAUUUAUUUUUUUAAACAUGUUUUGGGCUAUAAAAAAAUAAUCACCUGUCUUAAGACGAGUAUUAAGGCUCAAGAAACAAUUGGACAAUGGAAAGAGGUUUCCAUUCAAACCACCAUCGGUAGUGUAUCGUUUAUCUCUUUUCGUCUGCCGCAAAAUUAUAACUGCGGUAGUGCAACACCGAGCGGCAGCACAAACACUCACUUGAAACACGUGGUUGUCGAUUGCCAAUUUUACUUCCUCCUUAAUUCCGCCACUUUGUAAUCCUCACAGAUACGAGAUUCCAACUCGAGCCGCAUUUACGUUUCGUACUCUUGUGCCUGACUCGGCUUAUUUUUUUAAAUUCAUGCCAGUUGCAUGCAUUUUGUCUUUCUCGUUGCAAUAUCGUUUUUGGUUAUAAAUUUGGAGUUGGCUCCGAAAAUUUUAUUUUCGAAUAAAAUUGACACAUUGUUUUUCUUUCGUGAGUGUUGUACAUGCAUGGAUCCACCUCUGCAUGUUUCAAGCCAGAACUCGCAAACCGCAUUAUCCAAUGGUUGGUUCCAUAUGCGACCAGAUUGCUUCAGAGCACUUUUAAAAGUCGACAUACUUUUGUCCUGUCCGUCACAAACCAUUCUGUUUGCUGCAUGUAGCCUGCUUCAUCUACUUAGUACUUAGAAGACAAUCGGUUCUAUUUUUUUUUUUAAAUCUUUAUUAACGUGAUUUUUUUAAAUUAUAAAGUUCAUCACGAACAAUCGGUUCUACGCAUUGUAGAGUUUGUAGUAACAUUGGAAAUGCUUUUCUCCAUUUACGGGUUGUGCAAUGUAGGAACAUUUGUGACGUUUGUUAUCAUGUUUUUCAUUAACAUGUGAUAUGGAUCUUAGUCUGAAUAGUCUAUUAAGCUAUUGUUCUGCAAAAAUCAAAGUGGGUUAACAGAAAACUAAUAUUUUUCGGCGUCUUUUGACAAUAGAGGUAAUAGAAUUUAUUUCUUCUAUUCUUUUGACCUAUUUUUCGGAUUGAAAUAAUGUGUCGUUGGUGAUUCCUCACCAUUGGAAUCACAAAUGCAGAGGCGACAUCUCUUAGUCCGCAUAAAAGGAUAUUUUAUGCGUUCGAUCAUCUUUCAUUAUCACUCUGGAACAUAUUUCACUACAUAUUCCCCUUUUCAAAAGGUUUAAAAUCCUGUUUCAAAACUUUUGAUUAGCAUUAAGUGGUGUAAUCAAGGAUGUUUUUGAUUAUUUAAUAAUCCGGUUUCAAUCAUUUAGUAGUUUGUCAAUAACUCAUUCCAGACGCUGGAUUUCAAAACAUGUUGUAUGGCAAACUUCUAGUACGAAGGUUUUCUUACAACUCUGUCUAACGAUUCGUUGUUUGAAUUCCACUAUUAACAGAGUUAUAGCUAAAUUAAUGAUUUUGUGUGUUUUACUUCUACGUGAAGUUAAACGAUUUACAAUGAUAUUAGAGUUAUAGCGCUAGUUGCAGUAACUUAUAAUAAAUGAUUGAAAUUUUGUUAUCAUUUGGUAUAAGCUACUUCAAGUUAAAGUGGACUUAUACAAAAAACGAUCUUUUACUCCAAGUUGUUUAGGAAAAUAGCCUCUGGAAUGAGUGAAUAAUAAUAAUAAUAGUUAAGGUGAUUAUACAAUCAAGCCAAGUGGUGAAUUUUAAAUUCACCACGCGGUUUUCUACUCCUAUUAUCAAAAGUUCAAAUCUAGCGUAAUAAUUUUCGUACAAUGCUGAAAUUGAAGUCGAUUGUUUAGCAUAAGUAAGCAAACGAUCUACGAAUGUUUCAUCCCCAUGGGCGUUGUGGUUCUCUCAAUUCGUGCUCUUGAAAAAUCAUUAGAAAAAGCACGUGGUCUCCUAGAUGGCCGAUUUGUGGCUUUGUUGUAAAACCACCUUAAUAAUCGAACACAGAUUAGUAAAUGAUCGAAAACAUCCUUGGGCGUAAUUGGAGUAGACACAUCAUUAGUGCCUAUGCUUUUCUUCUGAAAUAAUUAUUCAGAAUGCUAUCAGAAAAUAAGAAGUGGAACGGAGGGAGGGGAAUCCCUCUUAUAUACUAUUUUCGCACUAUGUCGUGAAUAACAUGUUAUUCAAAUUAUCGACAAAAGAAAGCUCAUCAAGAUAGCCGAAUAACAUGUUACCAGGCACUAGGGCGAACAUAGUAUUAGAAGAAAACAAAAGCAUAAGGAUUACUACCUCCGGGCGCGCCCAUGUCUACCGUAACAAUGGAGGAGCGAGAAAGAAACUGUAGAUGUGGUACAUACUUAUCGAGAGGCCAUCUUCUUAGCGACACCCUCAUAAAUACCUCGGAUUCGGAUAAUAGGGAAAGUAUGGAUCAUGAUUUGCCUUUAGCUAUCAAUAUGAUCAUGGUAGAUGUGUGGUCAUAGAAUCCUGCUCCAUAAAAUCUCAUAAGCGCUUAGGGAAGACCCAUAAAGUACGUCACGCAAAAAUUGGCGAUUUUCAACUCUCCCUCCCCCUUCGUAUUGUAUUUAACCACUAAAAUUUUUGUUUGACUCGUCACGCUGCUCGGAAUCCCCCUCCCCCUAGAAGCAUGACGUACUUUGUGGAUGGCCCCUUACAGUAAAAUUAUUGUUUGAAAAAUCUAAGUGCUUUCCGGAUGUUUACAACUUAAUCGGAUUAACUUUUGCGAUAUAUCAAAACUACAUUUAGACAAAUUUUGCCUAUUUAUCAAACGAAUCAAAAUGUUAUUUAAUAAUAUUCAUUAAAAAUUAAAAUAAAACCAAUAAAAAAACUCGAGUGGAAUUAAACUUACAGACGAAAACAUACCAAAUAAAACAAACUAUGUAAUAACGGUCGUGAACAAUGUUCGUGUAAAGUUUGUUAAUUUAAAUUGUACUUGUGUUAUAUGUGUAUUAUUUUUGUGUAUUAUCUAGACUUUAGUUUAUAAGUUCGUUGUUGUAGUUUUUUCCCUUCUUUGUGUAUUUUCCUUCAUGUAUGUUAAGGCUGUAUCAUUUUUCUUGUGCGAAUCUGGAUGUGCUUUGUUGUUAAGUUACUUUAUUUUUGCUUGAAUGCUGUCGAAUGAUAGCAGAUCAAGCGACAUGUACAUUUCUUGCUUGUAAUUUUACAUUUUCAAUUUUCAGAAUUAGAUAUUCUUUCUUUCUAUUUCUUAUCAACCAUUAUGUCUACUUGUUUUGUUAAGAUACACGUUGAGAGAUCCAAAUCGUCGGCAAUCAGAACAAUCAGUAAAAUUAUGUGCUAGAUCAAUCAUCCAGUUGCGUAGGUGCUCGUUUGUGUAGCAUUGCAAACAUUUAUUACUACUUAUAAUACGAAACUUUUUAAGGGAAUGUAGUACACCAAUAAUACAAAUACACACUCUCAUACAUACACUUACUAAAUAAACAUUCAAUCAAUGUUGAGCAAAACGUUCAAAUCACCCAAUCGAAAUAUUGAAAUACACGCAAAAUAUAAUAAAA